CGGGCAAGAUGGCGGCAGACGAGUCGCAUGAUUCCCCCACGGAAACACUUGAGACAGCUGCGGAAGAGGAGGAAGCUAAAACAUUUAAAGACCUGGGCGUGACAGAUGUGUUGUGUGAAGCGUGCGACCAGUUGGGAUGGGCAAAGCCCACCAAGAUCCAGAUUGAAGCUAUUCCUUUGGCCUUGCAAGGUCGUGAUAUUAUUGGGUUGGCAGAAACAGGAUCUGGAAAAACAGGCGCCUUUGCUUUGCCCAUCCUGAAUGCACUGCUGGAGACUCCCCAGCGUUUGUUUGCCCUGGUUCUCACCCCUACUCGAGAGUUGGCCUUUCAGAUCUCUGAGCAGUUCGAGGCGCUGGGGUCCUCUAUUGGAGUGCAGUGUGCUGUCAUUGUUGGUGGAAUUGACUCAAUGUCCCAAUCACUAGCCUUGGCCAAAAAACCACAUAUAGUAAUAGCUACUCCUGGUCGACUGAUUGACCACUUGGAAAAUACCAAAGGCUUCAACUUACGAGCUCUGAAGUACCUGGUCAUGGAUGAAGCAGACCGGAUACUGAACAUGGAUUUUGAGACAGAGGUUGACAAGAUCCUCAAAGUGAUUCCCCGAGAUCGGAAAACAUUUCUCUUUUCUGCUACCAUGACCAAGAAGGUGCAAAAACUUCAGCGUGCAGCUCUCAAGAACCCUGUGAGAUGUGCCGUUUCCUCUAAGUACCAGACUGUUGAGAAGCUGCAGCAGUAUUACCUUUUUAUUCCCUCUAAAUUCAAGGAUACCUACCUGGUUUAUAUUCUCAAUGAAUUGGCUGGCAACUCCUUUAUGGUAUUCUGCAGCACCUGUAACAACACUCAGAGGACCGCCUUGCUCCUCCGAAACCUCGGAUUCACUGCCAUCCCCCUCCAUGGGCAGAUGAGUCAGAGCAAACGUCUUGGAUCCCUUAAUAAGUUUAAGGCCAAGGCUCGGUCCAUUCUCUUAGCGACUGAUGUUGCCAGCAGAGGUCUGGACAUACCCCAUGUGGAUGUAGUGGUCAAUUUUGACAUUCCAACUCAUUCUAAGGAUUAUAUCCAUCGAGUAGGGCGAACUGCGAGAGCUGGGCGCUCUGGAAAGGCCAUCACUUUUGUCACGCAGUAUGAUGUGGAACUCUUCCAGCGCAUCGAGCAUUUAAUUGGGAAGAAACUGCCAGUCUUUCCAACACAGGAUGAGGAGGUUAUGAUGCUCACGGAGCGUGUGAGCGAAGCCCAGAGAUUUGCCCGAAUGGAGUUAAGGGAACAUGGAGAAAAGAAGAAACGCAAGCGAGAGGACACAGGAGAUGAUGAUGAUACUGAGGGUGCUAUUGGUGUGAGGAACAAGGUGGCCGGCGGGAAGAUGAAGAAGCGGAAAGGCCGCUAGUGGCUUACAGAGGCGGGACUUCGCUGUCCAGCUGUAAAAAGAGAUGGAAGGAGGCAGUGAGCCCUCCAGUAGUUCUGAGAUUCCGUCCAGAGACUGCUCAGCCAGCUGGGAGCGUAUUCUUCUCUCUGGGGCUUGGAGUGUCAUCGCAGUGGGGUGUUUUACAGUGUUGACCCAGGCUUGACUGCUCUCCACUGUGACACAAGCGCCGCAUGCUCUUCGUACUGCACCUCUCUGCCUUUUCCACCUGCAGGACAAGGCCUGGCUGAUG